AUGGAAAUUAAUAUCCCAGGACUUGUCUCCAUCAUCGUCUUCUACAUAAUCAUCCUGGUGAUUGGAAUCUGGGCCGCUCGCAAGUCUCGCAUGGCCACGAACCUCAGUACUGAGGAUGUUUGGCUGGCCAAUAGGUCGCUGGGUGUCUUCAUUGGAGUGUUCACUACAACAGCCACGUGGGUUGGUGGUGGGUACAUCAAUGGGACUACGGAAGUCGUGGCUCACGACGGGCUGGUGUGGUGUCAAGCUCCAAUUGGAUACAGCAUAAGUUUGAUCUUUGGUGGGAUGUUCUUCGCAGAAAAGAUGAGAGUCACUGGGUUCACCACCAUGUUAGACCCUUUCCAUUGGAAGUUUGGGGACUUUAUCAACUGCCUGCUUUUUAUCCCGGCUCUCACGGGCGAGAUCUUCUGGUCAGCGUCCAUCCUGGCCUCGCUAGGCGCCACUCUGAAAGUCAUCCUGGGGAUCAGUCUCGAAAUCGCCAUCAUUGUGUCUGCAGUCAUCGCCCUGUUGUACACCAUCGUUGGGGGCCUGUACUCUGUGGCCUACACGGAUGUCGUUCAACUGAUCUGCAUAUUUGUCGGACUGUGGGUUUGUGUGCCCUUCUCCAUGACCCACGAGGCUACAACUCCCAUCACAGCCAACAACUCGGCCACCUGGCUCGGACACCUAGACAAUAACUACAUCGGCAACUACAUCGAUUAUUGGCUGUUGUUGAUCUUCGGUGGAAUACCGUGGCAGGAACUCUGGCAGAGGGUGUUGUCCUCCAGAUCCACAGCUGUGGCCAAGAACCUCAGCUAUAUCUCUGGCUUCUUCUGCCUCGUUAUGGCUGUCCCCGCCGUCCUCAUGGGUGCAGUUGCAGCCUCAACUGACUGGAACAUGACAGAGUACGGCCAUCCUGCCAUCCUGAAAGAAGACAGAACUCUGACGCUUGCUCUGGUCAUGCGCUACCUCUGUCCCACGGCCGUGACCUUCAUAGGACUGGGAGCUGUUUCUGCAGCUGUGAUGUCCUCAACGGACGCCGCCAUCUUGAGUGCCAGCUGCAUGUUUUCAAGAAACGUCUACGCCGUUAUUUACAACAGGAUUAAGAAAACAAGGCCUUCAGAGACGUCUCAAGUCUGGGUGAUGCGUGUGGCGCAGAUAGCAGUUGCAGCGAUGGCAUGUGCCAUGGCUCUCACUGUCAACUCUAUUUACUACUUAUUUCUGCUGUGCUCAGAUUUCAUCUACGUCAUUCUGUUUCCGCAACUGGUCUGCGUCCUGUACAUCAAGAAGAGCAACUCGUACGGAUCGUUAAUGUCAUUCAUUGUCGGUCCUUUUCUUCCGGCUAAUGGGAGGAGAAAAGGGACAGACACACAAUUGUUUCCCUUCAGAACGCUGGCAAUGAUUAUAGCACUCUUCACACUCAUCGCAGUGUCGUAUUUCACGGAUUUCCUCUUUACGCGACAAAUUGUCCAUCGCAAGUGGGAUCUGUACGGAUGUUUUGAGGUAAACAUCUGCCGCCAUGUCUCCUACUUAUACAUGGCUCUUUCUUACCAGUUAGUUAGUUAG